AUGACGGUGCUCCCUCGACGCGUCGACGCCUGGGUGAUAAAAAAUUUCGCAGACAUAACCCGACUGAAAGGUCCGCCAUCGUUGAGAAUCACUCAGGCUGAGCGUCCACAUACCAUGCCCUAUUUUUUGGGCUCCUGCACAUGCCGUGAUGAAUACAUCUGCCGGCAUAUCUUCUCGUGGACUAUCCCAGGACCUGAAACCGUCCGAAAAGAAGAUCACUGGAGACUCAUGCAAGCGAGGAUCGUCCAAGACUGUAUUGUAUCUUCCGUCCGUGCCAUUGGACCGAAACAUGGCAUUCAAGCACAUGCACUAUGGCACACCAAGGUUUGCGCUACGAUUCUCUGGCCCGAGUUCGGGCUGGGUGAAUAUGCAUGCACCCCACCGGGAGGCAGGAUGGCGCGGUUAGCACAAAUCAUGCAGCAAAUGCGCCAAUUUCAAGUGGACAAUUGA